AUGGCUAUCCAGUCUGCCCUGAUCCUUGGCCCCCCAUCUGAACCUUAUUAUGGUAGCUGUUCAUUUUCAAGACCUGUGGUUGCAGUUUCACAAACACUGAAGGAUGCUAGUGACAAUGCCCGCAAGGACUUCCACCGAGAGGCAGAGCUGCUAACUAACCUGCAGCAUGAGCACAUCGUCAAAUUCUAUGGCGUCUGUGUAGAGGGUGAUCCACUCAUCAUGGUCUUUGAGUAUAUGAAGCAUGGAGAUCUUAACAAAUUCCUCAGGGCACAUGGACCAGAUGCAGUACUGAUGGCAGAAGGCAACCGUCCUGCUGAGCUGACCCAAUCCCAGAUGCUUCACAUUGCCCAGCAGAUUGCAGCUGGUAUGGUUUACCUUGCGUCACAGCACUUUGUGCAUCGGGAUCUUGCUACCCGGAAUUGCCUGGUUGGUGAGAACCUACUGGUGAAGAUUGGGGAUUUUGGAAUGUCUAGAGAUGUGUACAGCACAGACUACUAUAGG